AUGGCAGAACCAUCCUUUCACGGUAUCAGAGAAUUCCUGGACAGUUUCGAUAGACGGAGUUUUCAUCCCCACCAACAAUCUGAAGCUGCCCAAUGCCAUGCAGAUGCGUUUAACGAGGACCUGGACAGCAAUGAAAGCGAACGUUAUCCUAAAAGGCCUCGCAGUACCACGACGCAAUCAUCAAGAUCGACAGCAUCGGCACAGUCGAGCAGCCGAAGCACUACCUUCGAUAUCCCGUCUCGCAAGGGCUCAGUUGAAUCUACCGCUUUCUCAGCGCCAUCGAGCCGCCCUAGACUUCCACCAGACGUCGUAGCUCACAUUGGUGCUCCAGUCCCCAACGCUGGGGUGCAUAGGCUUAGCUGCGAGUUUGCUCUUUAUUCCGAUUGUGCCCAGAGCUUUGCCCUGAAUGAGACUGAACAGUGGAUCGAACAUAGUAUCGCACACCUCCGGGAUCGCCUACCUAUCAAAUGUGUCUGCUGGUUCUGUGAUGACUUCAUAUUCGAUGCUAGUAAGCACGGCCGUGACCGCGACACGAACUUCCGUGAUCGGAUGGAGCAUAUCCGUGACCAUAUCGGACACGAUCAUUACACUAUCGCCGAAAUUCGCCCCGACUUCCACUUCCUGCAGCAUCUGCAUGACAAUGACCUGAUUUCUGCUGAGAGGUUCAGUAGCGCUCGGCGUUGGAACGAGAGUCCAGCGCCUCGUAGGGGUGACAUCCAUCCUUACAAUUUCAUCCCACUCGAGCGUGUGCAGAGGGAUGAACGUGCCCAGCAAAACGUGGUCAUGAUAAGGAGAGAACGAAACCGACGAGACCAUACAGCGAACCGGCAAAAUUCCAACCGAGAUCAGCAAUUACGAUCGCGAUACUUUCAAUCAUAA